AUGUCCAUGCCGUCCCAAAGUCCUCAAGUCUCUGCAGGACUGUCGACCGUGUCGUCAAAUGAAGCCGACACAGUCGCGUCAAUGUAUCAAGUCUACCAUGCCGCAAAAGCCAUCCAGCGGUGGUGGCGCGUGGCCGGGCAAGCGCACUACCUUCGUGCUGGUGCUGCGGCCACGACCAUUCAGCGCCAAUAUCGGGUGUACGUUGCAAGAAGCGAUUUGCGUGUGGCGCUGAAAGCGCUGAUAAAGUCGCACCGCCGGCAAGCAAGGCGGCAGGUGCAGCCGUCCAAGCUCUUGCUGGAGGCCACGAAGUUGGAGGGAAUGAAGUCUGCAAAGUGUGUGUCGUGGCGCGCGACCGUGUGGAUCGUUGUGAUGGCGUGCAGAUGGUUGAAGUGGCACCGACGCAAGGUAGCUGUCCAAACAGCGGCGCACGUCGUGCAAAGGCAGUUCCGCGUCCACGGACGGCGCAAGGCCAUUGCUGCUGGAAUGCGGUUGAUUUUACUUCACAACACGCGACAGCUCCAAGCAAAGAGCCACAGGGGUAUCCUUGCAGCCGAACUUGGCGACCGCCACGAGCCCUUGGACGGGCCCACCGGCGUCGUCCUCGAUUGUGUCGACCGAUGGGACACAUACACCGAUCCCGAGACCGGUGCGCCGUACUUGUACAACCCCGCGACAGGGGAGACAAAAUGGAUGGUUGCGGAGACAGCACACGUGACUGUCCAAGUGGAUCAAGUCAGCGACGAUGGCGACUACGUCAUAUCUGGACUGGGCCCGACGACUCCAUCUCCGACAACUCCGGAUCCAUCCAUGGAGAUCCAUUCCUUUGGGAACCACCCGGACGAAAUGUGGACCCAGGCAACGGACGGCAAUGGAUGUGUGUACUAUUACAACCCCGCAACCAAUGCCACGUCGUGGGAUUCCCCUGCAGGACGUUGGCGGCACCAGUCCAACUUGAGCGAGGGAUGGCAAACGUUUGCGAACGAAGACGGCGUCCCCUUCUACUACAACGCGUCGACGGGCGAAACCACGUGGACGUUGCCACCAAUGUAG